AUGAAUCUCCAACUCAUCUUGAUCUUCAUCUUUUCUAUCCUCUUCGUUACCAUUUACUCUGACGAACUGGUUCCUCUCAAACAAAGCACACCUAAUCCGGUUGUCAUCAAGAAAGGUGGAGACAAUAAAUUACAUAUAGAUGUUUCAUGGGAAGGACUUGCAAUAGGAGAGAAAGACAAAGUCGUUACCAAACUUACGUGUUUCAGUACUGCUGUAACCGUCAAAGACUCUCCUCAGAAUCAUUUAUAUGGUGAUGGUAAGGCCACCUACGAAGUAACCGUCAAUGAGAAAGGAAAACUCGUACAUUGUAGAUCAGGAUUACUUAUUAUUAUUGGUUGGAAAGUCUGGUUUUCUUUCCAGACUUGA